AUGCAGCUGCAGUUUCGGAGCUGGAUCCUGGCCGCGCUCGCGCUGCUCGUGGUCCUCCUCAUCUUCGCAGACAUCGCGGAGAUAGAAGAAGAAAUCGGGAAUUCUGGAGGCAGAGGUACAAUCAGAUCAGCUGUGAACAGCUUACAUAGCAAAUCUAAUAGAGCUGAAGUUGUAAUAAAUGGCUCCUUGCCACCAGCUGUUGUUGACAGAGGUAAUGAAAGCAUGAAGCAUAACAUCCAGCCAGCCUCAUCCACGUGGAGACACAACCAGACCCUGUCUCUGAGGAUCAGGAAACAAAUCUUAAAGUUCUUGGAUGCCGAGAAGGAUAUUUCGGUCCUCAAGGGGACGCUGAAGCCGGGAGAUAUCAUCCAUUACAUCUUUGAUCGAGACAGCACGAUGAAUGUGUCUCAGAACCUCUACGAACUCCUCCCCAGAACAUCCCCCCUGAAGAACAAGCACUUCCGGACCUGCGCCAUUGUGGGCAACUCGGGGGUCUUGCUGAACAGCGGCUGCGGCCAGGAGAUUGACACGCACAGCUUUGUCAUCAGGUGUAACCUGGCUCCCGUGCAGGAAUAUGCCCAGGACGUGGGGCUCAAGACAGACCUGGUGACCAUGAACCCCUCGGUCAUCCAGCGGGCCUUCGAAGACCUGGUCAACGCCACGUGGAGGGAGAAGCUCCUGCAGAGGUUGCACGGCCUCAACGGCAGCAUCCUGUGGAUCCCAGCCUUCAUGGCCCGGGGAGGCAAGGAGCGCGUGGAGUGGGUGAACACGCUCAUCCUGAAGCACCACGUCAACGUACGCACCGCCUACCCGUCCCUGCGCCUGCUGCACGCCGUUCGAGGAUACUGGCUAACUAACAAAGUCCACAUCAAAAGGCCCACCACCGGCCUCUUAAUGUACACACUGGCCACACGGUUCUGCAAUCAAAUCUACCUCUAUGGCUUCUGGCCUUUUCCACUGGACCAGAACCAGAACCCCGUCAAGUAUCACUACUACGACAGCCUCAAGUACGGCUACACCUCGCAGGCCAGCCCCCACACCAUGCCCUUGGAGUUCAAGGCCCUCAAGAACCUGCACGAGCAAGGGGCAUUGAAACUGACCGUGGGCCAGUGUGACGGGGCAACGUAAGCCAGAGCCGCGUGGAACUCGGUGGCUCACAUUUCAGCCCAGAUGGGAGUCGGGAGUUUGGCACAAACAAAAAUAGCAACAAGCAGGCUAGUGGUUUUCUUUGUUAAAAAGUGUAAAACAGUGACCAGAAUAUAUAUAUCUCUAAACCUGCAUAUAUAUAUUGACCUGAGUAUUUAUAAUUGUGUGGUGUUCAUCUAGCAGUAGGCAGAUAAGCCACAGGAAGAAGGUGUGAAGAACUCACCGGAACUGGAUGGAGACUCAAUCCAGCUUUGGGGGAAGGGCAAAGGACUUGAUAUAAAGAGAAGCCAGUCCCAUGACUUGGGGGUGACAACCUAGUCUCCAGGAUCGGAGGGGACCUUUGAGUUCUUGGAUGAAUGGACAGACACCUGUUGCCUACUGCCCCAGCCCUCUGGGAGAUGUUAGAAGGUUCUGGGUAGCAGAUGCUCAGAAAGGACAGUUUGAACCAGUGGAGAGUGGUGCUAUGCAUAGAAGA